AUGUGGGCACGCCGGAUUGGCGCGCCGGCACGAUGUCCAUCGCAAACCCGGGUCAUCAUCCAGAGCAUGAUGAACGGAGCGAUCGGACUGGUUGUGUACCAGUAUAUGGACAGCUUGUCAGCAGGCAAUUUGGAUUACACUUUGGAGAGUGUUGGUAAAUCAAACCUCACCUGCCUCACUGGCUGGCUCCGUCGGAACGAGCUCACCUCUUGGACACAGUACGAUACGUGGAGCCGAUGGUGGGAGUAUCAAACAGGUGUGGAUGACUAUGUGCUCAACAACACAUGCGUUCCAUUUCCGGUCGACGCCUACGACCAAAGUUGCAAGGACAUGCGCGUCCCUGUGCAUGAGUUCGAAAACCGUCUCGGGUAUCCGCUCGGUCUCGGUGAGAAGGUAAGCGUCAACAACGAGCUCUUGUAUGCGUUCGCAUAUACAUUUUUAGUACUAGGGAUCCUAAACUUGAUUGGCUUUGCCAUCCACGACCUCGCGCUCCUUUCUAGAUCUCAGCAGAACUAUGUCCUCGACUGGCCAGCUUUCAACCAAGGCUUUCCCAUCUUUCGACGCUUCACGAAGCUUUCAGGUAUUACGAUACUUCGAGCUCUGUUCUCCAUCGAGGGCACCGGCAGCAAACUGGCACUUCUGAUAGGGAUCAUCCUGACCCCAAUCAUUACCGCCUGGGCACUGCUGUUCCUUGUGUUCAUUGUGACUCCCGCGCUGCUGCUCUUGUACGUCCGCUAUCCUGUCCGCCUGAGCCGCUUUGCAGUAUUUCUGACACUGAUUGCUACGGCCGUGUUCGGACUAACGAUGGCGAUCAUCCCGCUCGUGUAUUUAGUCAAUCUGAACGAGCGGCCACGGUAUGCACUGGUCUUCGAGGUGCAAGACUACCAUCCUGGAACCUGCUACUGCGGCUGCUCCUACUUCAUCAAUGCAGCCAGCCUGGUUCGAAUCUUCGCGAUCGGCGCUGGGGUGGUCUUCACCUCGUGCCUCUCUGCAUUCCGCUGCCUCAAGGGCCUUCGACGAGCACAGUGGGCGAACCUAAUGUCGGUCAUGUUUCCCAUUCCUGUCACCGUCUACUCCGUCUUCUGGAAGACCCCCAACGACGAGCCGAUUCAGCACAGAAAGGAGUCAUUGCGACACAGUUGCCGCUUUGCUCGUUGA